AGAGCUCAUUUGUAGAGGGCACGGUGCCAGGUGCUGGGUCUGCGAAGAGAAACGAGACACCGCCCUACGCUCAGAAAUUAACAACGACAAUUAACAGAAAUUAGCAGAACCUUUACGAGUCUGGGGAGAACAGAUUAGGCGCUGCCAGCUUCCCACGGGUCUCUCUUGGAAGACAGUCAGAAACCAAACGCGGGAGAGGAGACAGGCAGUGGCGCGCGACAGAGGGUCAGGCAGCAGGGGGGCCGAGGGACGAGGACACCCGGCUUUCCCUAGGGAGGGGAUCUGUCAAGGCCACACCAACGUUUCUCCGAGGGUGCGAGGGAAAAUAGGUUUGUUUUUCUUUUAGAAAGACAGAGCCCUUUUCCCCACUGGGCUAGAAGUCUAGUAGGAGAGGCGCCGCCUCUUUGGUCCGUGGAUUGGCCCAACUCCUCUUGAGAUAAUUUAUGCCAGCCUCUUCUGGGUCUGAUUGGCUCCCCCGCCCAGUUCCGCGGGGAGUCGCAUCCUACCUGGCUGGGAGGCUGCACUGCCAUCCCACACUCUCCAUUCCCGUAUUCACCGGGCUGCAGCCGAGGUGGGAAAAAAGUCCUGGCUGAGGAAUUGAGCGAAAAAAACGCUCCCGAUGGGUUCUUGGAAAGCCUUUCUCUUCUCCCCUUUCCUUCUUUGGAGUCAAAGUAGAGGGGUGAGGCUGAUGUUCCUGCUGCUGACCCUGCAUUUGGGAAACUGCAUUGAUAAAGCAGAUGAUGAAGAUGAUGAAGACUUAACAGUGAACAAAACUUGGGUCUUGGCACCAAAGAUUCAUGAAGGAGAUAUAACACAAAUUCUCAACUCACUGCUUCAAGGCUAUGACAAUAAACUUCGCCCAGAUAUAGGAGUGAGGCCCACAGUAAUUGAAACUGAUGUUUAUGUGAACAGCAUUGGACCAGUUGAUCCCAUAAAUAUGGAAUACACAAUAGAUAUAAUUUUUGCCCAAACCUGGUUUGAUAGUCGUUUAAAAUUCAAUAGCACCAUGAAAGUGCUCAUGCUUAACAGUAAUAUGGUUGGAAAAAUUUGGAUUCCUGACACUUUCUUCAGAAACUCAAGAAAAUCUGAUGCGCAUUGGAUAACAACUCCUAAUCGUCUGCUUCGAAUUUGGAAUGAUGGACGAGUUCUAUAUACUCUAAGAUUAACAAUUAAUGCAGAAUGUUAUCUUCAGCUUCAUAACUUUCCUAUGGAUGAACAUUCCUGUCCACUAGAAUUUUCAAGCUAUGGAUAUCCUAAAAAUGAAAUUCAGUAUAAAUGGAAAAAGCCUUCUGUAGAAGUGGCUGAUCCUAAAUAUUGGAGAUUAUAUCAAUUUGCAUUUGUAGGGUUACGGAACUCAACUGAAAUUUCUCACACAAUCUCUGGAGAUUAUAUUAUCAUGACAAUUUUUUUUGACCUGAGCAGACGAAUGGGGUAUUUCACUAUUCAGACCUACAUUCCAUGUAUUCUGACAGUUGUUCUUUCUUGGGUGUCUUUUUGGAUCAAUAAAGAUGCAGUACCGGCAAGAACAUCACUGGGUAUCACUACAGUUCUGACUAUGACAACUCUGAGCACAAUUGCCAGGAAAUCAUUACCGAAGGUUUCUUACGUGACUGCGAUGGAUCUCUUUGUUUCUGUUUGUUUCAUUUUCGUGUUUGCAGCCCUGAUGGAAUAUGGCACCUUGCAUUAUUUCACCAGCAACAAAAAAGUAAAGACGACUCGAGAUAGAAAGCUAAAAGAAAAAGCCUCGGUGUCCCCUGGACUCCAUCCUGGAUCCACUCUGAUUCCAAUGAAUAGCAUUUCCGUGCCACAUGGAGAAGAUGACCAUGGAUAUCAGUGUUUGGAGGGCAAAGACUGCGCCAGCUUCUUCUGUUGCUUUGAAGACUGCAGAACAGGAUCGUGGAGGGAAGGGAGGGUGCACAUACGCAUUGCCAAAAUUGAUUCCUAUUCUCGAAUAUUUUUCCCAACAGCUUUUGCCCUGUUCAACCUGGUCUACUGGGUUGGCUACCUUUACUUGUAAGUUCUACUUAAUAGGCAAAACUCAUAAGAAGUUUGACAAAAUCCAGUAUUAAGUAAAACUCCAGUUACAUUUAAUUUUGGUGAUUUACAAACUAGAGUGGAAGUCACCAAAAUCAGUCUCUUAAAUGUAAGGAGAAAAUAAAAAUGGAAGAAUGGUAUAUUUAACUAUUUUAUUCUCUGCCUGCCUAAUAGCAUUUAUGAAGUAUGAAUAAGUCAGCGCUGUAAUACUUAGAUCUACCAACACUGAAAUUAAAUGCAGAGAGAGCUAAUUUUUUCUUUAUGCUCUACAAAAGUGUUACAUUCCCUAAAUUAACAAAACAUUGAGGAAGACUGCUUAUAUUUACUCAUUAUGGCUAAAGAAUUAUUAUCUAGCAAAUUGCAUAAUAGUUCACAUUCAGGAUAUGGUCUUAUAUGUACUAUUAGUAUUUUCAGACUGUAAAUAUACUGGAAACAUGGUUUUAGGUAUAUGUUAUAUAUUGCCUUUUCCAGCUCCUAAGUUUGUACCUGUCAGUUUUACGAUUUUGUUGUAAAUGGGUACGAUGUUCUCUUUUCAAGGAAAUGGUGCAAGGCCCAAAAGUCAUGUUAAAGGUGGGGUUCUGUUAGAGGCAUCUCUAAUGAACAUUAUAGGAGCUCUCUAAAUUCUCUGAGACAGGAACAGAGAAAGUCUCACUGUAGUUUAAAGCCUGUUGGUUAAUAGUUUCCAAAAUGUCUCUUGUUAAAAGGAGAGUUAAAGUAGUCUUUAAUCAUUAUAUCCUUGUGACUAGUUUGACAUAUGAAUUGCUUAAAAGAGCACCGUAUUAAUUUACCAUGACCUAAUUUUCUGGAAACUCACCAGAGUGAUCUUGGAGAUAGCCUUUAAAAUUGUUCCCAGUGCUAAGAGCUGCUAUGAGGAUGAAGAGUCUUAUGAUCAAGGUCUAUCUUACAGUAUGUGGAGGAAACCAUGCACUUGACAUUGUAUUUUUAAUAUGGUAAUUCUCCCACAUGGUUAGCAAAUACACAAAUGAAGCUCUGUCAUGGUUAUACUUAUAUUUUUAGAGUAUAUAAGUUUUCUUAAAAUCUAGAAAUAUUUCAUUGUGUUCCCCAGCUAAAUCUGAAUUUUUCAGAUUUGAUCAAAACCUCUGAAGAAAGUAAGCAUGUAUUGAAUGAUAAUGCCCCAAAUAGCCACCAACACUGCUUUUUCUGAAUGAACAGCUGGAUUAUACUUUAGCCAUGUCUGUAGUCACUUACAAAUUGUCCAUGAAUUCGUUUUUGUAACAUUGAGUAUUGAUAGCUAUUGUGAAGGUGAACAUUUAUUUAGUGAUUUAGUGAAGAAUGAAGUACCCAUGAAGAACAAAUCACUUCACUAAAAUGUGCUGUGGCUAUUUCCAUGUUUUGCACUAUAGCCUGUUCAUUAUCAUGGGGGCAAUUUUAACUCUGGGAUUCUUUCAAGUCUUUCUGAGCAUGACUGUGUUUUAAAAUACUUAAACGUGCUUAAUAUAAAUAGCUUUGAUGUUCUCCUUGCUGUUCCAUUAACUUGGCUUUAAAUGCUGGCAACAUUUACAAGUGAAAAUCAAAUUGAUAAAAAUAUGAAAGAUGUUUUUCUGUAUGCAUUCAUUGUAUAGACUAUCAAAACAAAGCACUUUGCUUUCAAAGCCAGUGGUGUUUUAAGCAGUUUUAUUUAACUAUGUAGAUCAGAGAGAUGUACAAAUCUUACUAUUUGUAAAAGGAAGGAUAAGAAGGUGAAAAUAGUUAAGCUUUUCUUACAUGAAAUCAAAUUGAGCUUAUUUUCAAAGGGAAUGCAGUCUAAUUCCUGUUCCUCUCUUUCUUUCAAGAAAUUUUACCAACUUGAGAAAUAAUUUUUUGAAAAUCUCUCCUUUCUCCAGAUGAGUUAUGUCCUAAUUUAUUUGAUUCACAACUUGUGUGUCCUAGCUGCUUUUAAAUGUUUUUAACACUAACAUAGAUCAAAAAAUGUGGAUAGAGAGGAUCAGAAGAAUAAUGAGAGCAGAAGAAUAUAGAACCUUUUGGUAAAUUGUGAAUUCACAUAGACCCAUCCUCUAAAUAUGAGACCAUGACCUAGAAUUGCCCAAAAAGGAAACUGUGACUGGUACAAUUUUAUUCUCUUGAAUUUAUAAUUGAAUGAUGAUGUUUUAUUUAUUCUUAAAUUACAUAGAUAAACAGACCCCCUUUAAAUUAAUUUCUAAAAUGCCAAGUAGUUUCUGAAAGAGCAAAACAUGACAAAACAAAACUUUAAAUGACUUGAGAACUCAGUAGGGAAAAGUCACAGUUCCUCAGUAAAUCUAGGGUAAAUCUGAAGUGCUAAUGUAUGUAGAAAUUAGUUCAUCAAAUACAUUUUAUUCUAAGUUAUACACAUCAAUUUCAUUAAGGAGUUGUUAAAACUAGCUUUAGGUUGAAACACAGGAAAUGUGUGUGUAUGUGUAUAUAUAU